CGUGGGGUUUAAGAUCUUGAUCAGUGUCUUGAAAUCCCUCUUUUUCUUUUUUCUCCACGCCCUUUCUGAUAUCUGAUGCUCAGGUGUCAACUACUGUAGAUAUCCCGAUCUCCCCCCUGGCGUUACUUUGAUAUUGCUCACACCAAAGGAAUCUGGGUCGAACGAACGAAAAGAACUGGUAUACAAGUUACGAAAUUCCACGGCUUAUGAGCCACAUAUUUACGGCAGGAACAGAUCGAGUUCGAAAGGACCAGCGAACGAGCCCUCCCUCCCUCCAAGUUCCUGACGGCAACCGACUUCCCAUCUGAAGCACUAUUUCCAACGAUUUUACUCUCCGCCACGGCCUAUGUCGAGAACCAUGCCAUAUAUGAGAAUCACAUUGAUAGCUGCUGUCGCAGCGAUACUUCUGCGAGGCGUUCGGGGAGGCGAGAUUGAUGCCCAGAUAGUUCAACGGGGCUUUAAUGUGGGCGUAUCCGCACUCCAGGAUGAGACAGCCGCUUUGGACACCAACCUGAAUAAUUUUGAUGGGAACUUAUUUGGAGCCCCUACAACACCGAUCACAUUUUCAGGCGUUGUUCAGCAGCCAUUCCGGGUUGGGACAGAAAAUCUGGGGGAUUAUCGCACCGCCGUCAAUAUAGCGUGUGAUAGAUUCCAGAAUCAGGAGUGCAAAAGGGCGGCUGAUCAAGUAGCUGGGUCUGACAAGAGUGACUGUGACCGUCAAAAAGACGAAUGUCAGGACUUCCUCAACAAUCCACCAACUCCGCGAACAUAUCGCGUACGGAUGAGUAUGGAAAAUGACAACGAGAACGAUUCCAUCUGCGAUAUCGAUAUUCCCGAGCCGUUCUAGUAUAUACUCAAUGUUUUCUUGUUUGCGGCGUCUUGGUAGGAAAUUGUUAGAUUAAUUUACAGAGUAUAGGUAGCAAAGGAGUUUGGCUAUAGCUACUAGGUUCGGACGGUCCAGGCUUUGGUUCAGGUUUAUGGAUGGGGACCGGUGCUUGAACGAACUGGCGGAGAACUAGAUGUCAUACUGAUUCAAUUCAUGCAAUCAUUUUAUUAUAGUUCGUGGCUGUUGCUGUAAUGUCUUACUGGAGGAGGACUUGACCCAUUUCGUAAAUGAACUUGGAAGAGAGAUGUCAUGAGAGGUAAUUGUACAUGUUCAUUACCUCAAUAGCUGGUAGAUUUCGUUCUUGAAGUGUUUAGCUUGGAGUAAAUGGCUAGAGUUGGGCAGUUAUCACUGUAGGUACCGUGCAUGAAUUUGCAGAUUUCUGUUCUUAUUAUACAUAUUGGUUCCUCGACUAUUACUAUACUUAGAUACUAUGUGGUAGGUAUCUUGAGCGCACCAUGGAACAUGUGACUGUACCCAUCAGCUGUUACCUCAGUAUCUGCUCAGUACAUAAAGUAUAUAACGUACUUCGUACAUGUAGCCUGAGGCCUUCGGGUGUGCUGCAGACUGCAAGCGGUUCCUGCGUC